GAUGGCCCAGAGCAUCAUGGUUCAGGGCAGAGGACAGUGCUGGAAAAGCCUGUGUAGGCACAGUGAGGGCUGAGGGAUCCGCUACUGUGAACUAUGGUGGCUGAUGCAGAAAACCAAACCCUGAGAUGGAGUGGCAGUCAUAUUCCCAUCUGGAUCAGGGCUUGACUUCAAAAUAUAAGCUUAUGGGGGCUGAAAUGUUGGGUCACUUUGGGACUGUGGCAUUGAAAACUUGAACCGGACAUUAAGGUCAAGAAGUGUCCUGUAUUCAUAGACUGAAAAAGUGGCCCCGAGGCCCGGGAUUUCUCCACAUGGGAGGGGCAGUCAGUGAGCCCAUGGCGAGAGGAAGAGCUGCCCUGUGUUAUGGUUAACAGUGGAACAGUGCUGGGGAUCCCGGUAAGGGAACCGCGCUCCCCCAGCUGUGUGAGACAGGAGCUGCCUCUGUGAGGGGGGCCAUGGGGGCUGUGCUGGGCUCCUUCACCAGGUUUGCUCACUGUCCUUUGAAGGGGCCCAGAGUGGCCACCCCUUCAUUUGCUGUCAGUCUCUUCUCAGACAGUUUGAGUGACUCCUGGUUCUAUACUUUUAGAGAAAAGUGUCGUUUUGGUCUCUGGGCCUGCAACACUGCCGCAUUUUAAUUUUGUUUUAGAUUUAUUUCUUUUUCUGGUGCCUGGCUUCCUUUGGUCAGCAGAGAAGUCUGCUCUCCACUCUGCUGGAAUCAAAGAUUUAUAGCUUUGAGUUGAAACUCAAACUUAGCGAAUAUUGAGAGCUGUGUCACCCAUGGAGAAUUAGGUCAACACGUAGGGGCUGAGGAGGCUGGCUGAAGAACUGAGGCCCGAAUUAUGCUGCAGGACUGGCUGUUUUUUUUGUUUUUUUUUGUUUUUUUUUCCUUUCAGAGGCAUGGUCUCUCUGUAUAGUUUGGGCUGGCCUUGAACUCUCUAUGUAGCUCGAAUGGACUCAGACUUGGAGCAAUCCUCCUGCCUCAGCCUCCUGAGUGCUGAAAUGACGGGCGUGUACCAUCACACCCGGUUGAGGACUUGUGUGGUUUCUGGGGCUUCUGGGAUCUGCUGCCACCGUGUUCCUGGAUCUGGCUGCCAGUGUGGUGUCCCAUCAGGAAGGAUUCUUGACAGCCCUGCAUCUUUGUGUCAUGUGGUCCAGAGCUGGGUAUAAGACUUUCCCUGGCUCACACUUGCCCAGUGCCAAUGUGGCCUAACUCACAAGCUGAAGCCAGGGUGCUGGGGAAGAGGGCAGCUCCCUGGGCAUGUGCAGUGUCCGGCCCAAGCCGUGGAGCAGCAGAGUCUCCCCUUGAGCGCACUGCUGCCCUGGUGAGGUUACCUUGUUUCCUUCGGACUCUCUUCGCCCUCUACCCACAGAACAAGAACUGACUGCAGAGGUGAGAGGAAGCCAAACAUCAGUGCUGCGUCACAGGAAAUUUGACCCACGCCCACUCGUGAACCAUACUGACUUACAGCAGGACUUCUACCAAUCAAAAAAAGCAGGACCGAAGCAGCGCUGUGAAGCUGGGGUCCCUGAGGCUCCCCAGCCCCUCUCCCUGAACCCCAGCACCUGCCUGGGUCUCCGUUGGUUCUAUCCGCUCACAUCUGCCCUCCAGCCCCUCCUUUGCUUUGGGUCCUUGUUACCACUGUUCCUGCCUAGCCGUCAGUCCUUGGGUUCCAGCUGAGCACCCUUGCUUGGGGGCCCAGGCCAGGUUGGGCUCCCCGACAGCGUCUGCCUCAGGGUGCCCAGCACUUGUCACCCCUGCGCUGUGGUCACGGCCAGCCCGAUUCCCCAGUGCCCAGCAUACCUGGGGUGCCCUGACCCUCACAGCCUGGUACGGCCAAACCGAGGCGAGGCUCCUUUGUGCACCUACCUGCCCGUCCACACACAGGGUCUUCCAUGAAAACUGUUCUGAAGUACAUUUAGAUUUACCAGAAGCUUGCAAGGCAGCGGAGCCCUUUCGAGGUCCUAUCCAGCCCUGUCCAACAUCCUAACAUCGUUGUACCGCAGCACAUUUAGCAAAGCUGAGCAGCCAGCACGGACUUAGGGAGCUACAGACUCCUUCACCCCUCCUGGCUCCCGGGAAUACCUUUCCUGCUCCCAGAGCUCCCCGAAGGAUCCGGUUGCGUUUAAUUGCAGUGGUUUCUCCGGCUCCUAUCUGUAAUUUAGUCCCCUUCUUCCCUCCUUCUCUUUUGUCUGUCACACCUGAAACUUUGGAAGUGUCCUCCCGACCACGGAGUUGGCCACCUGGCCUGGAUGGUGACCGACCCAUCUCGUGAGUCCCAUCUCCGUGUGGCUUAUUCCCUUGGGGGAGUUGGGGAAGGGAGGAAGGAGCGGUUUACUGCCUGGUUUAUGGGCUCCAUUUCUCCUGGGGCUUUUGCCUCCUCUCACCGAGCACUUGGCGCUCCUCGGUGGGCCCUGCCUGCCUGGCAGCUGCUCCUGCUGGCGUCUUUGUGGGUUCUUGUGGGUGUGGAGUACACUGGUGGUAACUCUUGCUGGUGCCGUCUUCUGAAGUUUAAAGUUUGGUUUCCUUAGCAAUGGAACCUUACCCAUGCGGCAAAGGGAGCUCAUCAUGGAGGGAUGUGAGGGAACUGCCCCCCCACCAUAAUUGUGAAGUCAAACCUUGGUUUUACAUUAAAAGACACUUCUAAGUUUUUCAGCUCCUGUGUGUCUCACUGCCAUUAAGCAACAGGAGACCUGUCUUCUGCGCAGCAGGGUGGCCAUCCAUGCAGGCGGCCCGUUUCUGGCACCCCAGCAGGUCUGAGUCCUGUCCUUGCUGCCCUCUGACACCCUGAAGUACAUUUCUCUGUCUCUGGAGGUCUGGGGCCAAGAGCAGGAUCACGCUGAAACAGGAAGUUUGAAGAGGAUGAUGACUUCCUCGUCUGUAGAGCAGAACUGCAGGACCUGGGUGUUCAGGUGACACCUAAGGUGAUGAUUCUCGGGCUCCUGAGGCGGAGAGUGGGAGUGGGUGAGGAAGGACGUGUGGCUGGUCCUGCUCACUGUCCACAUGGCCACCUGGUUGACAGCCACGGAACCUCAGAGGGAGGGACAGAAGAGGUGCCGUGAAGCUACAGAGGAGCAGGACUGUGUCCGUGGGAAGGAACCACCCUGCUUCCUCCAGGAUCAGGUGGUUGGGCAGGAGAGUGGCCUCGGGGAGGCUUCGGCGCGCACAGAAGGUGGGAACAGGGAGCGUGCGUGCUGCUAGGGCCUCACACUGCUUGUUAGACUUUUACUCUGGCUCAGUGGAUACUCUUCCUACACGUGGAUUAGUGCAGACUUCUUCAUGGCUGUCAGCAUUGACAGGCUGUAAGCGAUAUUCUGCUGGGUAUGGUGGAGCACAUCUGUAAUCCCAGCUCUGGGAGGCUGAGGCAGGAGGACUGUCCCCAGUUCAAGGCCAGCCUGCCUACACUAUAUAGUGAGACCCUAUCUCAAAAACAAAGAACAAAAAAAACCCAGAAUAAAACCAGUAGCCAAAAAGAUGAUAUCCUGGCAGGUGACUAUGAUGUGAGAAAGAUCUGUCUGUCUAUCUUCCAGUGAACAAAUAGCAUCAUAUAUAAAUUUAUUUAUUUUAUUCUUUUAUUUUCAGAGACAGUGUCUUACUAUAUAGCCCACACUGGCCUCAAAUUCAUAGAAAUUAUCCUGCCUUAGCCUCCCAAGUGUCAGGAUAACAGGACUGGCACACCUGGUGAUUCGCUUUGUAUAUUCUGUAUACAGCGUUCACAUUCAUUUUGCAUAUUCCAGGUAUUGUGUAUAUGCGUUUCAUAAUACCAUAUAUACAGUUAGUCUCACAGUUUUGUUUCCUUCUCAUAAUAACCGUGUGCCAGGCACGUCUUCAAAGCUGAAGGCACUGAGGUGCAGGGACUUCGAACAUUGGGAUGAGGCUGAGCAGGCACCCUAGACCUGGCCCCUGGCCAUUGGCUGUGGCCCUCAGAGAGUUCAGGAUGGGAGCUGCCUGGACCUGCUGCCAAUAAGGGUAAUCGUCCCUGCAGGGUUCACCAAAAGCAAUUCUGUUUUCUCCACAUUAAGCUCCCAAAAUUGAAAGCCACCAGGCUCAAGUCUCAGACAGACAGGCAAUCAGCCAUGCUCACCAUGGCAAGGCUCCAGCCCGGGGACAGUCAGCACCAUCCCUGGAAUCGCUGGAAGAGCAAAAGCAGUCCGAACUGGGGGAGGCUCGAGCCCUUGGAGAAGGAGCCAUGGAGCAGGAGACUGAGCGGGCCAUGCCUGGGUGUCCCCAGGUCCUUGCCUUCCAAGAGCUUGGGACAGGUCGUACUCCUAGGAUUGCAUGUAUGUACAUGUGUGCUGUCUAUUAGACAAUGUGGUAAUGACCCUUUAUCUGCUAAAUCAAAAAUUAGUGUUGGCUAGAAUGACCACUCAGGGUACUGUGGCUCUGACAAAGGCUGGAGUAUGAAAUUGCUACUCAGCAGAAAUAAGGAAAAGGUCUGAGCGAUUCUGAUCAGACGCUACUUCAUUAAGAGUGGGACUUGGUGGGGAGAGACAGACAGAAUCAAAUCCCAGGAACUAUUUGUGCCCACCAAUUCAGUUGCACUCACCUUUUGAGCCUUUCCCGAUGCCUGGUGAAAUUACUGAUCCAUGUUCCAUGCUCUGGAGGAAUUUGAGGUUCUGAGGGGGAUGUGUGCUUGCUAAGAAAGGGAAUGUCCAGCAUCCUCCAUAACAAAUAAAUCACCUUGGCGUAGUGGAGCCUGGUCCAGGCUCACGAGGGUGAGCAUCUUCGGCUGCUUCAUGCUAUGACUUGGAGGUGUUUGUCAUUGCCCUGGCUUCAGGUUCUGUCCCCCGGGGACCCAAAGCAAUACUGUCCUCAGACGCUGGCCUGGGCAUCCUCAGGAAGCCUAGAGGCUGAGGUGACCCAGUGCCCUGUGAGGAUCUGGGGGUGCUCAGGUCCCCCCACCCAAGACCAGGAGCGACCGGAACCAACCCCAUCACUCUGGGUCCUGCUUUCUCUCCUUACAAGAGGGCGAUCAACUAUUUCAGAGGAGGAAGUGAUUGGAGGAGGAUGCAACUGGCCGAAUCACACUGACCAGGGGACAUCGAAGUUUCAGUGGAAAUGACAGUGUGCUAUGUGUCCCCGUGUCCCUGUGUCCCUGUCCCAGAGCCUGUCUUUGAGUCUCACAGCAGGAAUUGCGGGCUAUUUGUGGUCAACCUUAAGUAAGAAGCAGGGUGUGAGGCUCUCUCAAGGGGAGGUAGCUGCUGCCCUGGCCAGCCGGCUUGGGGACACCAGGGAAUUGCACGGUGCCCCCAGUAGGAGGCCGUGCAAGCCGCCAGCUUGGUCUCGAAUGCCAUCCAAGUAAGUACAGUUCCACACUGCAGUUCUUGGGCUGGAAGAGGGGGAGAUGGGGCUGGAGUGCAUAAGUUCACACUGGACCGGGUGUGUGGAGCUUCCCCAGAGAAGCUCGCUUUGCAGAGCUUACAUUAAAGUCUCUUUUCCCACUUCCAGAGGCUGCUCAGGUGGGUUUCAGAAAACUUGGAGAGAUUUUUGUCCAUUGCUCAAAUAUCGUGGGACAUUGUGUUUCUUCUUGUUUUUUGCAAAGGAUCACAGAUAGGCGGCCCCGUUUGCAGAGAAUUCUACAUGUUCUGCAGCACGAAGGAAGAGAUCUUGCUCCUUUUAUAGAAACAGUCCCCUGAGGUUGCCACUUAAAAGCUGUUUUGAUCCAUGGAUGUUGCUGCUGUCAAAUUCUCCAGCUCCCAAACCACCAUUACACAUUUUCUCCUGGAUGUGGAAUUUCAGGCUCGUCCUGCCUGACCCUGUGAUAAAGCCAUUUGUUUCACCCUGGGAUGGAAGAUUCAUUAUUUUUUCCUUGUUUCUCCUUGACAAUUAUCUCGAUCUCUACCCAUAAUCUGCCCAAUCUUUUUCAAUAACAUCCUGUGAUUAAAGCCAAUCGGCUCAUGUUGAAAGCUAGAGGAGCAUUAACCAUGCACAGAAAUAUCACCCUUGGCGAGAAGAAGGCGGCUUUUACCAGGCUGGUGCUCAAGAGACUCUUGACAGGGAGAGUGGACGUUGACCUGCUGCCUGUGUUUAGUGCUGUUGUAAAACAGAAAGGGCCUGCUUCAAAAGGCCAGCAUAUGGCAGCUGCUCCUGGGGAACCAGAGGGCAGAGCUGCCCGAGCAGGAGGUCAAAGAGCACCUCGCUGAUUUUCAGAUACAGCCCCAAUUAUCAGAGGAUGAGGAACCAGAUACUCUUCCGACAACAGUAACAGCAGUGGGAGCCCCGAUUAUUCAGCCGGGUCAUUGUACUGAUUAACUCACUUCAUUCCUCCCAUAACCCUUUGAUAUGUGAGGGCGCUGGUUUUAUAGGGCAGUUAGUGAUUACUCCAGGUCACCCACCAGCACAGGAGCAGAGCGAGGAUGUGAACGCGGAUACAGAUGCCCAGCGUGUUCUCCGCCCAGGAUGGCCGACGUCCUAGGGAGGAUGAGGCAGAGAUAGAUGCUCAGACACUCUUCCUGUCCUCGGGUUGGGAUAGCUGGCUUGGGAUAGCUGGUAGCUGUGGUUUAUAUCCCGCUGUCUCCCCAAGGCCUUACGCACCUGUAGAUGGGCUUGGGGAGGGACUGGGCCUAGGCUGUGAUAACUGGACUUGUCCCUGACUGGCUUAGCAUGGUUCUGGGUGCCGAGGUGUGGGCGGCACCAACCAACAGGUUUGUAGCCUGCAUGGGACGUGAGUGGGGAGGGGACGGCAGGCUGUGGCCUCCGGCCUGCCCUUCUGUGGGCUGUUUCUCCUCUGCCAGGCUGCCCCGGCUUGGAGCCAGGUAACUGUGGACUGAAACCACUACAAGCUGUGAGCGAAAAUAACUUUCUCCUCCUUUACAUUGCAGGUGUUGGGUAGUUUGUCUUAGCCAUGAAAAAGCCAUGAAGAGAGUAACACUUCAGGAACUCUGGAGGCCAGGCAGUCCCCAUACAGAUGACCGUGUGGAUCUAGGCUGAGAAGUGCCCACACCCACGGGAGCCCAGAGACGGUGAGAAGCACUUGGGGGCAGUGUUUGAAGCCCAGGGCCUCGGCUGCUUACCUGCCAGACCUGCAGAGAGCCCUCCCCUGGCCACUUUCCUCACCUAGGACGUGAGGGGCACCUUCCUCCAGGAUGCUCUGGAAAAGAUAAGCGCGCGAGGAAAAUGGUUUGCACACAGGAAGAUCCUGAAUAACAAACAACACGGAGAAUGCAAAAGCUCAGAGAUGACAGCGCCCUCUCGGUCCAGGUCUAGGGCAGAGCAGAGGCCCAGCACCAGAGCCGGCUUCAAAGCUUCACCUGCAGCAACUGACUUUUGCUCCCAUAACCCUGACCGUCGCUGAGACCCCUUGCCCUCUCCCUGAGAGUGCAUGAAUAGGCCCUAAAAAUACUGAGCGAAGCAAGGCUUUUAUGCCAGGAUGAUUUUAAAUCUACAAAGCCAGUGUAGAGCGGUGCCUGUGGCUCCUGCCCGGUCCACCGAGCUGUUCUGAACUUGUCAGCUCUGUUGCUGCACUAAAGGGUUCCUUUUUCCUCUUCCCGUGUCUCACCCUAGUUCUCGUUUCCUGACACCUCGCAUGAAAGAUGGCAAUUUAGACUUUAUUUCUUCACUGUGACAGCCAUGUCCCCAUGUGUCCGGGCAGAGCCUGUCCCUGCUCCUGUCGCUGGGCCGGGUCAGGCCUUGUGAAGUAGGGGUAUGCAGGUGGAGGAAAAGUAAAGUAAACCAUGUGUGCCUGGACUCCACCUUGAACGCUGCCCUCAGCUCCGAGACAAUGAUGGCAGGAGGGACCUCAGGGCAGGGGGGCCCCUGGCCCGUGUGGACAGUGUGGGAUGUGUACAGCUGCAGCUGGACGGGGCUCUGCCCCUGGUUCCCCAGGACGCGGAGGGAGCUCUGUCCUGCCAGUUCCUCCUGUGCCAGGGUCUGGGGUGCUUUGCUUGGUUUGUAAGGGAACCACGGCCCAGCCAUGUUAGUGCACCAACGUGUCCUCUCCACCCAGUGCUGGGUCACUGCAGUGUCACCUGAGCCAUGCACAACCCUCAGGCAGCACUUGGAAAGUUGCAAAACAGGAAAUGCAGCUGGCUGGGAAACUGACACCUACACUAUCUUGGAGGAGGCUGCAGGAUGAAAAGGAGGCACACAGUGGCAGACUAGCUCCGGUGUCACUGUGUCGCUGAAGAGCUUUACCACGGUGUGGUCAAUGCAGCCCGCAGCCUCUUCUUCACUGCUCGUGCUUGGCCUUCAACCUCGGCAGGAGCCGGGGCCCAGGUCCCCGCAGGAGAAAGCUCACCUGCCCAGGAGCCGCCCAGGAAGGAGCUGCGGGCCACGCCCCUGGGGGGCGCCGCACAUGCGCACUCUCCAUUGCUAGCGGUUCCAUCACCCCUGGGAGAGGAGAGCUCACCCUUGUGGUUCGACUCUCCUCAUCCGCACAUCCAUGUCUUCCACUUUUCUUCUCUUAAACUUUUCCAGGCUUAGAUUUUCAACUGACUUUUAAAAAUUUUAUUCUAUUUUUCUUUGCAGUUCUAGGGAUUAAACCCAGGGAUUUCACACUGAAUUACACUCCCAGUUUUUAUUUUACCCAGUCUUGAAUUUGCAUUCCUCCUGCCUCAGCCUCCCAGAAUGCUGAUAUACGCCCACCUGCUCCAGGUGACCUUGGCUCUUGCAGGGUCACCAUCCCCACUGUCAUCCUCCCUCCUCUCCGUGUCAUUAGGCACCAGGACCUCGUGUCCUCUCCUCAUUUCUACUCCGGACAGCGACCUCGGGGGACUCAGACACCCGGCUAGGAGGAGGAGGGGACGUAGUCUGUGGGGGGCUUGUCCCUGGCGCCCAGGACAGCCGCUCACUGCCAGAGCAGCACAGCACCAGGAGCCCAGCCGGCCUGGCUCCUUCUAGUUGUCAGAGGAGACGUUGGAAGCCAGUGUGGAAACCGUGAAGCUCCCGGAGCACAGCCAUCCUCUCAUGUGCUGUUUGAUGAGUGCUUAUUUCACAGCUGCUGUGGAAGUGCCACUGUGAUGAGUGCAUUUUCUUGUGUGGGGUCACAGGGCCAGAGUGCGCUUAGUGCUCAUGUUUCUCCCAAGUCCUGUGUGUCCUCCACGUGCCACAGACCCCGGCGGCGUGGCUAGGGUGCCUGCCUCCUCCUGUCCCACAUGAGGACACAAGGCCACCAGGUGACAGGAGCUCACACUGGCUGUGUCCCAGCCUGGCAGGGACCCACUCCACCAUCGCAAGGAGCCUGCAGCCGUGCAGUGACUGGAGUGGGGCUCCCCAUCACUGCAUCGGGCCCUGUGGGUGAGGGGGGUUCUAAGGGGGUACUGGGUCCUGAGUUGCCGUGGACAUGGUCAUAGCACCUUGACCAGAGGGUGGGGUCAUGUGUCUCAGGGCAGAGCCGAGGCAAUGUGUGGCAGAGAAUCCAAAGCCAAGGCCAUCACUGCAGCCAGGGGACGCAGUCCUGACUUCUCCCGAGCCUGCACGGCAUCUUUGCUUCAGCCUCGGGAAGCUGAUUUUGGAUUCCAGCCUUUACACUGUGGCAGGGCUGGUGUCCAUCACUGUAAGCCACCAGCUUUGUUGUAUUUUACAGCAGUCACAUGAAGUGACUGUGACACACAUUAAUAUCUUUACAGUCAGCACACAAAGGAGCAAAGUUUGAGGGAAAAUGAAUCAUCAGACCAAAGACACAGGUGCCAAAGUGGUCAGGCGUGGUGGUGUACACAUGUGGUUCUGGCAACACAGGAGGCUGAGGCAGGAGGGUUCUUGUGAGUUUGAGGCCAGCCUGGAACCGGGUUAUGGUGCAGACCCCAGGCUUGAUUGCCAGGCCUCAGAUGUUGAUUUUAUUGCUUAUUUUUUGUGGGGUUUUGAAUUGCUUUGUUUCGUUUUGUUUAUUUUCACUGGGGAUUUUUGAGACAGAGCCUUGCUAUGUUGUGGGCUGGUCUUGAACCUCAGGCGACCCUCCUGCCUCAGCCUCAAGAAUGCUGGGAUUACAGAUGUGAGCCACCAUGCCUGGCUUUUGUCCAAGUUUCUAAUGUGAGGCUGACCCUCUGCUCAGGGAUAUUGGUCCUGCAUCCUCCAGGGACAGAGCCAGCCCCAAAGCUGGUUGACAAGCAAUGAUGGUUUUGGUGCUGGGGUGCAAAGGUGUCCAGAAGGACCCCUUUCCUUGAGGGGCCUGGGAGGAGAUUCUGCUGGGGCUGGGAUGGCACCAGCCUCCCUUAGUGACUUCCUGUGGUGGGAGAGAGACCUGUUCCAUAGAGCCACACCGAGGACCGCGCUUGGCUCCCCUGGCUGUCUGUCCUGGCGGGGGGCUGUGCUGAGCCAUGGGGAGGCAGUCACACGGGGUCACACAGGGCAGCAAGCAGGGUGCUGUGGGGCUCAGGAGAAUUCCUGAAGCACGCUUUCUUUUUUCUUUUUUAAACAUUAUUAUUGUUAGUAUUUUUGAGACAGGGUCUCACUAUACGGUUCAGGCUGGCUUUGAACUCACUUUGCAGCCCAGGCUGAUCUCGAAUGCAGUGCUCUUCCUGCCUCAGCCUUCUGAGUGCUGGGGUUACAGGCAUGCAUCACCACUCUCCACCUGAAAUUUUUUGGCGGCACGAGGGACUGAAGCCAGGACCUUCAAAUGGAGUUACAUCCCCAGCCCUUUCUAUUUUAUUUUAUUUUUUAAAUUUUGAGAUAAGGUUUUGCUAAGUGCUAAAUGGGCUCCAAUUUGGGAUCCUCCUGCCUCAGCCUUCAGAGAGCUGCAGAUGAAUGCUGCCCGCAGGCCCAUCUAGUGGGUUUCCGAAGAUGUCUCAUGUUGUGAGUCAGGGGUCUCCAGGACCCCUGGAAACUUUGUGGAAACUUUGGCUCUGACACAAUGUGGACCCAACAUGAUCGAUAAACGCAGGUGAUGCUUUUUGAUCCCCAGGACACUUAGAGAAAGCUGCUGUCCAGACCAUAGUGGGCAGUGUGGGGCGAGAGGUUGUUCUGAGGAAUUGUGUGGAGUCUGGGAGGAAGGAGGAAGAGGCAGGAGGGUGCAGAUGGGUGAAGAGGGGUGCAGUAGGGCACCAGGAAAAGGGCUUUGGGGUUCAGUCUGGAAGGAUGCCUCUGGAUGAGGAGGAGAAGGCAGGGUUGACUGGUGAGUUUCAAGGGACAACCAACUUAGCUCCAGUGGACCUGGCACAGACCAGACCACGAGAGGCACCCUGCUGGUAGCAUGGGCUUCUGUGUGAUGCUGAGCCUGGGGUGCCCUUCGUGGAGCUUAGGACGGCCCAGUCCCCUGGAGCAGGAAUAUUCAGGGAAGGAGCUGUGGGCAUGUGGGGAAACUGAGGCAGCAUGGUGUUGGAUGGGAGGGUGUUGGGAGCCGCAGCCCCGAGCCCGGUCGCCUUACUUGGCGGACGUGAGGCCUAUAGGAAAGAGCAAAGCCUGAGCUAGAUUACCCCUCCCAUCGAGUGUGCUAAGAUGGUGCUUAUCUCCUGCUUCCUGUUUGGUAAACAACCCGCCCUGUAAGAUCUCCUGCUUCCUGCUUGGUAAACAACCCGCCCUGUAAGAUCUCCUGCUUCCUGCUUGGUAAACAACCCGCCCUGUAAGAUCUCCUGCUUCACAACCCGCCCUGUAAGAUAGUCUGCCUAGCAACAACUGAACCCUAUAAAAGUGAGUGCCUCUCCCGCCAAAGAAAAAAGAAGAAGCAAAAGAAGCAGAAGAAGCACACAAGGAGCCGCGGAGAGCGGACCGGUAGAGGCUUCAGGACAGACUGUAGGGAGAAGCACGCAAGGAGCCGCGGAGAGCGGACCGGUAGAGGCUUCGGGACAGACUGUAGGGAGAAGCACACAAGGAGCCGCGGGGAGCGGACCAACAGAGGCUUCGGCCGGGAGGAUUCCCGGGGCAGGCUGUACGGAGAAGGAAAAUAAAAGAAAAGGUUGUCCACUGCCAGACUUUGUUGUGUGUCCUCCCUGCCGGCCGGGAGUGACAUCGACAUUUGGUGGCCCGUACGGGGAACGACUGAUCACCCCCGAGACGUGGCAGUGGACAACGCUCCAACGCAGAGCUGCAAGACAGGUGAGUAGAGGAUAAACCUGGACCCUGGGUGGCGCGCACCUACAGGGUUUGUAGACUUCUCUCAGGCUCACGCGUAAGUGGCGGAUUCCUUGGGCCUCACGCGGUGAGUAACAUAUUAAAAAAUGGGAAACAUGCUAGGUAACGGCACUAAGAGUGAGGGUGGUUGCGGGGAAAGCUCUCAAGAGCUUACAAAAGUACGCAGGGUAUUUGAGCAGGCCCAGUCAGGGAGCUCCCGAGAGGGGUCCGUCAAGGGGAACAAAGAUGCUAAGGAGGAGGACGGGGCUCAAGCCUCGGAGUCGUCUGACUCCGAGGACGAGGGAAGGUUGAAUGGUGAGGAAGCCAAAGAGACCAGCUGUCAGGGGCCUAAGUCACUUGAUGGGGAGACGCAAGGCUCUUUCGCUGCGUUGCGCCGCGAAUUGCGCUCCGCUCAGCUAGGCUUACGAAAAAGCAGAGAGCUUCUGAGCGCCCCCUGGCAGGGGAGGGAGACAGAACCUUCUGCUCCGCCCUGGAACUCGUUCCCGGAAGCGGUCCCUCGCCGCGAGGCCGCCGCAUGGGAACUCCCCCCUCUUCCGUCAGUACAGGAAAUAACGCACAGGCCGCCAUUUUCUGUUCAGCCACGGCCGCCAUCUUACGAUGCUCCGCCACCGGCGGAACGUUAUUUCCACAGACAGCUGUGGCAUGGGGGUCGUGUGUCUAAUGAAGACCACCCGUUCCCAGGGAUAGAUAGCGGCCCCUAUGGGAUAUAUCCUGUACAGAUGGCCAUGGCUCAGGGACGUAAUGUGUGGGAACCCUUUGAAAUAAAGCAGAUUAGAGAACUUAAAAAUGCAGUUACAACCUUUGGGCCGACUGCGCCUUACACCAUUGCCAUGCUGGAGAACCUGUCUUCUGGGCCCCUCACCCCCACGGACUGGACUCAGCUGGCAAAGGCGUGUCUGCCCUCGGGUAGUUACCUGGAUUGGCGAGCCUGGUACGCCGAGUUCGCUGCCGAACAGGCGGAAAGAAACGCUAACCGAGGGAACCGGGGGUGGAAUAGAGACAUGCUUAUGGGGGAAGGCCAACACGCUGAUAAUCAGACUCAGUUCCCUGGUGCAGUUUAUGAGCAGAUCAAUACCAUUGGGCUUCGCGCCUGGAAGCAGGUGAGUGGUGCCGGAACGGCAUCCUUGUGCCUUUCUAAAAUAGUCCAGGGCACAACAGAGCCAUUCGUUGAUUUUGUGGCUCGGAUGCAAGAUGCCGCCGAUAAGAUCUUUUCCGAUAGGGAAGUGGCUCAACCGCUGGUUAGGCAGUUGAUUUUCGAACAAUGCACAAAGGAAUGUAAGGCAGCAAUAGCCCCACAUAAGAAUAAGGAUCUUAAUGCCUGGAUCAGAAUAUGCAGAGAAAUAGGGGGGCCGCUUUCUAAUUCGGGAGUUGCAGCUCUUCUGGCUGCGGCAGUGCAACAAAGGGGACCUCGCGGGUCUAGAGAGGAACAUAAAGCCAAGGGGUGCUUCAGCUGCGGGGACCCAGGACACAUUAAACGCAACUGCCCAAAUAGUGCAGACGCCAAGCCUCGCCUUAAAAAUGAAGGAUCGUAUAACGUCUGUGGGCGAUGCAGAAAGGGUCCACAUAAGGCAGAGGAUUGCAGGUCAGUUUAUGACGCUCAGGGAAAUCGUAUUUGUGGCCGAGAUGUUAACGAGCCAAAAAACGACCAGAGGGGGCCCUCCUCGCCGGCGGGCCCCCACCCCCGAGACAGGACAACACAGGGUGGCAGCCUUCCACAAGGGCUACCCCUGGGUCAGCAGGCGUGGACCUCUGUGUCGCCUCCAGAACACCAAUCGAGCGAGCCCGUGCCUUCCAUGAUAAGUUUCAUGUCAAUGCCAGGACACUAGCAAACCAUUUCCAUGUUCCUAGAGCAGAUGCACGAGAUAUCGUGUGACUAUGUGACUCCUGUGCCACAUACAAACCUGCCAUACCGAUGGGAGUAAACCCUCGAGGUUCGAUCCCUGGUGAUGUUUGGCAGAUGGACAUCACACAUAUACAGGAAUUUGGGACUCUUAAAUAUGUUCAUGUUUCCACAGACACCUGUUCUCACGUCAUAUUUGCAACAGCAGAAACAGGUGAAAAAGUGUCUAAUGUGAUCAAUCAUUGCCUGGCGGCUUGGGCCGCAUGGGGCAAACCGAAAAUAUUAAAAACUGAUAAUGGACCAGCCUAUAUAGGCAAAGCCUUCAAUGAGUUCUGCAAAAUGAUGGAGGUUCAAUUAAAACAUGGUAUCCCAUACAAUCCCCAAGGUCAAGGAAUCAUUGAGAGGGCUCACAAAAGCCUCAAAGAAAUUUUACAAAAACAAAAAGGGGGAGUAGGCCAAGGCCUGGCCCCAAAGGCACGAUUAUCCAUGGCACUAUUCACACACAAUUUUUUAAAUUUAAAUAAUGAUAAUUGCUCCCCAGCUAUGGAGCACUGCAACCCUUCCCCCAACCAUAAAGGGUGGGUUAAAUGGAAAGAUGUCCUAACAGGACAAUGGAUGGGCCCGGAUCCGGUGGUUAGCUGGAACCGAGGCGCGGUUUGUGUUUUCCCACAGGAACCGGGACGAGAACCACUGUGGGUACCGGAGAGACUGACACGGGCAACAAAGCCCUCGACUGAAGAUCAGACCUGCCCUACCGGAGAUCCAUCACAGACCAACCAACAAGAUGAAUAGAAAUAGCGGUAGCCCAAAAUGGACAAAAAGAUCCUCAGGCAUAUGCAUGGCUCGCUCGCCUAGCCUACGACCGAGUCUAGGGGCGGUGAGCUUCCCACACUCCUCCUCUAAAAAAUUAUGACAUAGCUGGGUAGGAGAGUCAAUGACGGGUAAGAGCGUACUCCCCCGGUGCGACUCAACCUAAGCCAGGCCCUACCCCAUCCUGCACGUAAGCCGCUGGACUGUUAGAUGCUGCCCAGGUCUAAAUUUCUCUCCGAGGGGAUUUCUUUACGGAGAGGAAAUGAGUGCAAGCUUGUGUGCAUCCAGGUUCCGUCCAGUUUGUGCCUGGCCCUAGAAAAAGGACGAGGGCCUCAGGGCCUUGGCAGACCAUGGGACGGCCGACCAGGGUCUAAGCCAAGGACCUACGGUGGGCCUACGCAUAGGGCAUAAGCCUCUGCACCCAGUCCAGGAAGGGCUACGAUGCGCACAUUCAUAAAAAAUAAAAAAGGGGGAGAUGUUGGGAGCCGCAGCCCCGAGCCCGGUCGCCUUACUUGGCGGACGUGAGGCCUGUAGGAAAGAGCAAAGCCUGAGCUAGAUUACCCCUCCCAUCGAGUGUGCUAAGAUGGUGCUUAUCUCCUGCUUCCUGCUUGGUAAACAACCCGCCCUGUAAGAUCUCCUGCUUCCUGCUUGGUAAACAACCCGCCCUGUAAGAUCUCCUGCUUCCUGCUUGGUAAACAACCCGCCCUGUAAGAUCUCCUGCUUCACAACCCGCCCUGUAAGAUAGUCUGCCUAGCAACAACUGAACCCUAUAAAAGUGAGUGCCUCUCCCGCCAAAGAAAAAAGAAGAAGCAAAAGAAGCAGAAGAAGCACGCAAGGAGCCGCGGAGAGCGGACCGGUAGAGGCUUCGGGACAGACUGUAGGGAGAAGCACGCAAGGAGCCGCGGAGAGCGGACCGGUAGAGGCUUCGGGACAGACUGUAGGGAGAAGCACGCAAGGAGCCGCGGGGAGCGGACCAACAGAGGCUUCGGCCGGGAGGAUUCCCGGGGCAGGCUGUACGGAGAAGGAAAAUAAAAGAAAAGGUUGUCCACUGCCAGACUUUGUUGUGUGUCCUUCCUGCCGGCCGGGAGUGACACCGACAGGAGGGGACAGGAUCAUGCCCUCUUCCCUGGUGUUCAGCUGAGAGGGGGUGCCUGGCAGCCCCACAGACGCCUUCCACCGGCACAGAGCCUGGCAUCAGGGAGGACCCUCGCACAGUGCAGUGCUGUAUCCCCAGGUCCAUGUUCCCAAGUGGCCAGGAAGGGACAGUGAGGCAUGGGUUGUCACAGCCAGGUCCAUGACCGCGCAGCAGGCUCCAUGUGGUGGGGAGUGUCUGCUGCUUUCCUCAUCUGCUGUCCCCUUCCCUGGCCCGCAUCCCGGACACUAGCCAGGGUCACUGGCCCUGAGUCCGCCUCGAUGUCCCCCCUGAACUCAACCAUUUCCCAGGCACCACAGAACCUCGCCCUGCUCCCCAAGUCCCAUGGGAGCAAUGGGUGACUGUCACCAUCCUCAGCCAGAGCAGGGUCACUCCUAUGGCUCUCGGCACCUGGCCCUGUACCCUGGCCUCCCCUUCUCUGGGCUGUGCAGGGCCGCUAUCCGUGGGAGAACAUGUGCAGCACCGGGGGAUGGAGGGCUCCAGCUCUGCCUUGUGGGAGAGGGCGACAGUGGACAUCUGCAGGGUGGGAGUGGGUGCUGCCCUCCGUGGGCUCAGACAGGGGCAGGAUGGGGACCAUGGCCAGCUGACACAGGUGCACAGGCGGUCACGCUUUCUGUGUGAGGACUUUGCCAGGGAGCAGACGGGAGCUGCGUGGCCUCGUGUGACCUGGACCGGGCUCUGGAGUCAUUUCUGACUCCAUCCCUUGAAGCAGGCUCCUGCAGACACAGAAGGGUGAGCAUGGCGGAGUAGCGGCUAGUCAUAUGCGCAAGUCCCACGGAGCCAGGACCAAGGCCCUCAUGGCCACCGACUCCCAGAGAGCUGACAGGGGUAGCCCUGGGCUCCCUGCUACGUUGUUCGGGGCCCCUUCCCCGCUGUCCCCCGGCUCUCUCUCCAGCCUCCAGUGUGAACUGGGGUCCCCAGGGGCAGACCCUGCUUCUGGCCCCAGGAGGACAAACACCUUGGCCACAGCCAGUCCCUCCCGGGCCGGUCACUGCAGCUGAAGCAGUGGCAAGACAGUUGCAAUUUCCUGGAUGGGUGAAGGACAGGAACAGCUGGCAGCAGUUCUUCCUGUGCAUGAUGGCUGGAGCCAGGGUUGCUGGGGUUGCUGUGAGCUUUGGAGUUGUUUUUAAAGAUAUGUUACUUCUUCACCUUAAACAGGUUGAGUUCAUGUUUAUGUUACUUAAAACCAAAGAUGACUUUUAAAAUUCUGUUACUGAUUUCAAAUGGCAUAAAAGUGGAAUAAAAUCAUGUGAAACCAA